AUGGGAGUCCAUGGAUUGUGGGGCAUACUCUCUUCUGUCCAAGAAUACCGCCCCUUAUCCAAAAUUGGUUGCGAUUCUGUUGCUGUUGAUCUCAGUAUAUGGAUUUGUGGAGAUAAGUCAAUUGGACCCUUACCUGCACUACAUUUAAGGAAUUUGUUUUUUCGGUUAGUGGGUCUGUUACGCCAAAAUACCCUGCCUGUCGCAGUUUUGGAUGGUAUCGCUCCGUCACUAAAAUCGGAUGUUAUGGAACAAAGACAACAAAAAUGGACAGGGAAGAUCACAACUCAGAAAUGUACGAGACCAAAUCGUAAUAGAAUACGGUUUUCAAAAAUAUCUCAAGAAUGCAUUCAACUACUUAAUUCAUUUGGCAUUCCAUGGGUCCAGAGUCCUGGAGAAGCUGAAGCUAUGUGCGCAUUCCUUAACUCAAGUAAACUAGUAGACGCUUGUAUCACAAAUGAUGGUGACGCUUUUCUGUAUGGUGCUGAGACAGUUUAUCGCCAUUUCUCUAUGGAUAGUCGGGACUCCAGUGUUUGUGUUUUUCACAUGCAUCGUAUACGCGACGUACUGAAUUUGACAAAAUGUGAUUUAGUUCUACUUGGCAUUUUGUUGGGUUGUGAUUAUUGGGCAAGUGGUGUCUCUCGUUUAGGUCCAGUUGGAGCUUUACGUUUGAUUGCAUCCUUGAAAUCUCCGAAUUCGCAUGUAGACGAGCAUUUCCUCAUUAAAUUUUUGUCUUGGUUAACAAGUACCUGUCCACAAAAUUGCGAAGAUUUCAAUUUCAAUCCAUUUGGUCUUCAUUUAUGUCCAAGUGUUAUAAAAAUGUGGCUGCGUGUUGGCGUAGAGUUAAAGAAUUGUCCGUACGAAGAAAUAUUUGCAGAGUUCUUAACUAGUUUUGAAAAUCGUAAUUGGAUCUUACCCAAACAGGAAUCUGUUUCUCAGUGGAAACGACCAGAUCCAAGAAAAGCUGUAUCUUUUUGUCAAAUUCAUUUAAAUUGGGAUCCAGCCUAUACUCUUCAACAUUUUCUACCAGUUAUGGCAUUAUGGGAUUUAAGACAUCCUCAAAUUUAUAAUUCGCCUUCAUAUAUCAAGUCGUUGAUUGAUUAUCAAAUCGAUGAUUCUGUUAUUUUGAAACCUUUAAGGAUAGUAAAGAAACGCAUAGUUAAUUAUGUAGACUCUUACGAAGUCGAGUGGGAAAGAUUGGGAUUUGAUAAAUGGUCCGGACAGAAAAAUAUUCUACAUCCCAAUGAUGAAAAUGUUCAGAAUAUGAAUAUUUCUGAUAAUUGUAAUUAUUAUUUUUCUGUACCACAAGUAGAAUUUCGUAAAGCUCAUAGUGAAAUUUGUUCUGUGUACGAAAAUUCCACGCGUCAAAUUCUAGUUGGAAAGAAAAAAACAAAAUCGAAGUCGUCUAAAAUUGACAAAAAUCAACUUGUGUUAGAUGAAGCAUUCAAAGGUUUAACUAUAUCAACUAAAAAAGUAAAUAAGAGUGAAUCAAAACAAGACAAAAGUCCUAAUAUUUUGACUUCGCUUACUAAUCUCAUUAAAUAUCCAGUGUGGGAAUCAGACAAUUCAAACAGUGAUGAAAAUGAAUAUGUUGAUUACAAUAAUGGCGUAAACAGAAAUCACAAGGAUAUGUUGCCUGAAUCCAUCAUUUCCGGAAUGAAUAAUGGUUAUAAUAGUGAUAGUGAAGUGUACAAUCACAUUGGUCGCGAAUCUCCACCACCGUCUCCUUCCACUGUACUCCCAUUUUCAUCUCCAUUGAGUAGUGAAUUAAAACCAACGUUUUCUAACUUGACCAAACGCUCAUCUUCAUUGUCUAAUUUAUUUAAUAAUCCACGUUUACAAUUGCAAACUUCACUUUUAUCCAAUUCCUUUGUAUCUGAAAGAAGAAUUUCACAUUGCAAUCUUUUAUCACCAUCAAUCUUCUCUAGUUGUUGUUCUUCAUCUUCUUCUUGUUCAACUGACAAAGAAGAUGAUAUAAUUACUAAUCAUAGUGUUUCACAAAUAAUUGAAAAAUUCCGUACACCUAAAACAUUAAAAGAUCGUUUAGGUAUUGUAAAUUAUUUUUAAUAAAUGAAUCGUUCUUACUAAACUAUUUUAUUGAAAUUGUAUUACUCUUUUUUUUAUUCACCUUUUUGCCUUAUUCCAUGCAUUACUAUACAACCAGGUAAUUUUGUUUACUUUUUUUAAUGCUUAUAAUUUUUUUAUUCUCUCUAAAUAACCUUUCUUGUAUUGUUGUCU